AUGCGGGCGUGGAGGAACUGGACAUUGAAGAAUAGAACAAGCAGCUUCCAAUGUGUGACAGCAAACACGUACGCUUGUCUUGAGAUAAAUGCUCACAGCCUUGUGCUGGCAGCAAGAGACUGCCGCGAUCGUGGCCGACCCGAGGAAUUCUUAGUGAGGUGUUUCGGCAGUCAGGACGUCGAGGCGACAUUCCGGAAUCUUCGAUCGAUGACGACAAUGAACCAUACCCAGACGAACCUCACUUUCAAGGAAAUCGGCGAAAAGCUGCGGCGAGCUCACAUGCUGCAUCAAAUUCAGCACCGUAACCGUAUUAAGUUUCGAUUCCCUGGUCACACGGGUCCGACCAACGUGUCCGUGCUACCGACACUGCCGACGGAUGCUGAAAUAAAAGCCGCACUAACCAGUGCUGAGGGGAGGGCAUCUGAGGUCUUGGGCAAGCUUGGCCUCUUGCAGGCUGAACAAUCUUUCGAGUUUAGUGUACAUGCCCUCGGGGACCGGAACUGGGAAGACUUGAUCGUUUCCGAUAGUGAGUCUGACACGGAGGACCAUGAAGACCAUGAACCCGGUCAGGAGGUGUAUGAAGCUAAGCAUCUGUUUUCAAACUUUUCGGGCCAGAUCGCGCUGCCUAACAGCACGUCCGAUAAGCACAUCUACCUGAUACGAGAUGACCACGGGAAGGUGUUUCACGUUAAGAAGAGUAGUGUAGUGUGGAUGCUUACUGCGUCUAAGGUUCAGGAAAAAGCUCGUAUGAUACGUUACAAACAGCCCAUGCCUAACUAGGGCAAGCUAGGUUGAUUAGGUUCAUAAGUAAUACAUAUUAUAUCAUGUCCGUACUCUUGGAGUGUUCUUUACUAUCCAUGAUGACACUCUGACUAUGCAACCACUAAGGUGGUUGAAUAGCCAGGGGGAGUGUUAUAACCGGGUGUUUGUAGUUGCCUAUGUACUGGUCUCUACAAACAUCCGGUUUAUACUCUUUAUACAAUGUUGCCCCUAAAUGUAUGCAACCCAUGAAAUGCACAAAAGUUUCAAAAUUCGUCUAAGUCCCGGAAAUGGGAAAGUUUUCAUUCCUGUGAUGGCACCACUGAGCUGAAGUGAGAUGAGUACCCACAGUUGUCUGGGUUGGGUUAGUUUGAGGCGAAGUUCGCCUACUUGGAGGUGAAACUUGCCUAUAAGGAGGUAUAGUUUGCCUAUACGGAGGCAAGGUCUGCCUAUAUGGUAAAGUGGAGGCCAAAUAGGAUUACUUGGAGGCGAGUUUCGCCUACAUGGGAAAAAAGUUCACCUAAAUUGGCAAAAUUUGCCUAAGUCUGGCAUAUGAAAAAGGUUGACAUGGUAGGCAACCUCGGGUGCGCAUCCGUACACUUCGAAGGAAUGUACCGUCCUAGGACUGGGAACAUCGUGUGCGCAAACCCGCGUACACCCCAUAUACGCGGACUGGUGUACACGGACUGGUGUACACGGACUGGUGUACGCCGAUGAGCUUAGGUACCGGUAUCCACGCUGAGACAAGGUUUACUUAAGUGGAGGCCAAAUUGGAUUACUUGGAGGCGAGUUUCGCCUACAUGGGAAAAAAGUUCACCUAAAUUGGCAAAAUUUGCCUAAGUCUGGCAUAUGAAAAAGGUUGACAUGGUAGGCAACCUCGGGUGCGCAUCCGUACACUUCGAAGGAAUGUACCGUCCUAGGACUGGGAACAUCGUGUGCGCAAACCCGCGUACACCCCAUAUACGCGGACUGGUGUACACGGACUGGUGUACACGGACUGGUGUACGCCGAUGAGCUUAGGUACCGGUAUCCACGCUGAGACAAGGUUUACUUAAGUGGAGGCCAAAUUGGAUUACUUGGAGGCGAGUUUCGCCUACAUGGGAAAAAAGUUCACCUAAAUUGGCAAAAUUUGCCUAAGUCUGGCAUAUGAAAAAGGUUGACAUGGUAGGCAACCUCGGGUGCGCAUCCGUACACUUCGAAGGAAUGUACCGUCCUAGGACUGGGAACAUCGUGUGCGCAAACCCGCGUACACUCCAUAUACAUGGACUGGUGUACGCCGACAGUGUUGGUGGCAGCAUGUAGCGUCGCUUGCGCUCGACCUUGCCAGCGUACGCCCCAUAUACUUUAUCCGAUGUACGCUCAUGAGCUUUGGUCAAAAAAUGAAGAAGAAGAAAAAAAAAAGAAAAAGAAGAAGAGAAAAAAAAAGAAA